AUUAUUCUGUGGGUGCAAAUACUACUCUUUGAUUGGGUUGAUGGAUGGAUUUGUAUCAAAGAGUAUAUUUAUGCCGUGUUAGUGCUAGUACUAAUUCAGGUGUAAAUUUAUUGCAUUUGUAAUUAAAUUUUUAAACAUUUUCAAGAGUAUCCUGUAUCCCCGUAAGAAAAAUUACAUUUUGCGUGUCUUACCAAGUAUCAUAAAUUUGUAUGAUUAUUAUAGCAAUUCAGGAGAUACAAGUACCUUUAACAGAAACUAAGUGCAUAUUAAUUUAGCAAAGAAGUAGCAGAACUAACUAAUUUUUAUGAUGAAAGAACCACACUCAGAUCUGUGUUCAAGUUAUAUUAAAAUAUUUGUUGUUGUAAGUUGUUACUGGAUUGUAUCAAUAACUACAGUAUUUGUAAACAAAGCAUUAUUAAGCAGUGACAGUGUGGCCUUAGAAGCCCCUUUAUCUAUAACAUGGUUCCAAUGUAUUGUAUCAUUUACAAUAUGCUUCACUCUAAGCCAGACAAAUGGUAUUCCCGGUAUAUUUAAAUUUCCUAAAGGUACACCAUGGAAUAUUGACAUAGUUAGAAAGGUCAUUCCACUCUCAAUAAUGUUUACUUUAAUGAUAGCAACAAAUAAUUUAUGCCUGAAGUAUGUUGGAGUGCCAUUUUACUAUGUAGGAAGGUCACUCACAACUGUAUUUAAUGUUUUUUUAAGCUGGUUACUCUUAAGACAAACUACUUCAUUGAAGUGUAUUAUGUGCUGUGGGUUCAUUAUUUUUGGAUUUUAUCUUGGGGUUGAUCAAGAGAGUUUGUUGGGUUCAUUCUCCCUACUGGGAACAAUUUAUGGAGUUAUUGGUUCCCUUAUGUUAUCACUCUACUCUAUAUAUACCAAGAAAGUAUUGCCGAGUGUCAACCAAGAAGUGUGGCUCCUUUCAUUCUACAACAAUGCUUACUCAAUCAUAUUAUUUUUGCCUUUAAUACUUAUGAAUGGUGAAUUAAAUGUGCUGUGGAAUUACAGAAAUUUUGAUAGCACAUAUUUUUGGUUCCAAAUGAUUAUUGGUGGUUUAUGUGGAUUUGCAAUUGGAUUUUUUACUUCUUUACAAAUAAAGGUUACAUCACCUUUAACACAUAAUAUAUCUGGUACAGCUAAGGCAUGUGCCCAAACCGUUUUAGCAACUCAGUGGUAUAAUGAGUCUAAGAAUAUUCUGUGGUGGACAUCAAAUGUGAUAGUACUAGCUAGUAGUGCAUUGUAUGCCAGGUUCAAACAAGUAGAAAUGGAAGAAAAUUCUAAGAAACCACAGCCUGAAGAAGAGAAAAGCCUUGUAUGAUAAGUAUCAUAUGAAAUACUAUAUUUAAAAAAAAUCAUUAUUAAGAAGACUGCAG